AUGCCCCCUAUCCAAAUCGCCGUCCCAGAUGCCGACCUGGAGCUGUUGCACAAGAAACUUGAGCUCGUACGCUUUCCCGACGAACUCGAGGGUGUUGGCUGGGAUUACGGUGUCCCCCUGGAAGACGUGGAGCGGCUCGUGGCGCGCUGGAGAGACGGCUAUGACUGGCGGAAGCACGAGGCCGAGCUGAACCAGCUGCCCCAGUUCACAAGGGAUAUCGAGGUCGACGGCUUCGGGACACUGAAUAUCCACUAUGUGCAUCAGAGGAGUACACAAGAGAACGCGAUCCCCUUGCUCUUCGUGCAUGGAUGGCCUGGAAGCUUCAUCGAGGCGCGAAAGAUAAUUCCUCUGCUGACCAGUGAAUCGAGCGAGCAUCCGAGUUUUCACGUGGUGGUGUACAGCUUGCCUGCCUUUGGGUUCUCCGAGGCACCUCGCAAGCCCGGCUUCGCUAUCAAACAGUACGCGGAAAUCGGUUUGAAGCUGAUGCAAGCAUUAGGGUACAACGAGUUCGUAACGCAAGGUGGGGACUGGGGUCAACGGGUCACUCGCAGAAUGGCUACUCUAUACGGCCCGAAGCACGUCAAAGCCUGGCACACGAACUUCACCCACACCGACACACCGAGCUUCACCCGCAGCCCCCUCGCAGCUCUACAGCACGCCAUCCACGAGUCCUCGAUAAUCCCCUUCAGCCCCUACACCGAGUUCGAGAAGAAGGGAUUUAAACGGAAUGAGUGGUUCGAGGCACACCAGGCAGGGUAUUAUACGGAGCAGAACACGCAGCCACAGACUCUCGGCUACGCCCUGGCGGACUCGCCGGUGGGCCUACUUGCUUGGAUAUACGAGAAGCUCGUGCUGUGGUCCGAUAAAUAUCAGUGGGACGACGACGAAGUUUUGACUUGGAUAUCGAUAUAUUGGUUCUCCCGCGCGGGCCCGGCAGCGUCCCUGCGCAUAUACUACGAAGCGCACCACGCCGGGGACAUCUUCGGCCAGCCCUACGUAUCCGCGGUGCCGAUGGGCGUGUCGUACUUCCCCGCGGAGCUCUUCCUCGCGCCCAUAUCAUGGAUGAAAGCGACCGGCCAGCUGGUGUUCACCGCGCACCACGAGUCGGGCGGACACUUUGCGGCACACGAGAAGCCGGAGGUGUUGGUUGACGAUUUGAGGAAGAUGUUUGGGAAGGGCGGGCCGGCGCAUGGUGUCGUCCCCGGAAAGACUGGGUAUGCUUAGGGCGCGAUGGAUUUGGAGGUAUAGUUCUGCUGUAUGUUUUUGGCGUCCUAAGAGGAUAGCGCUCUCGUGGGGUUGCAGACGAGUACUAGUGCCAUUAUAGGCGCGCUGGCUUGUCUUCUGUACAGCU